AUGGACGAAUCGGCCCUGGAGCCGAGCCCGGCGCAGGAGAUUUCAUUCUUGUCGCCCGAGUCCUUCUCCACCCUUGACGAAUACUCGAAGAAUCCGCGGUUCAUUGAGCUGCAGGAAGAAUUACGCGGGGUAUUAUUUGCGCGGGCAUCAGGCGAAAAUACAAACAUCCGCACGACGCCCGAUCAAGAUGCUGCUGACACGGACGACAACGAGCAGCCGGAGCCGAAGCGCGGCUUCGACUUCACCCGCGUGAGCAUACCGAAAAUACAGCUGAUAAAGUAUCUCAAAAAUUGGAUCAUAGAAUGCGCUCCCUACCUUGACAAGUUUGACCAUGCGAGACACUUUGCGAUUCGGGUGCCGGUAAUCGCAGAAAGCUCGCCGGCCCUCUUCUACGCCGUUCUCGCCUUCUCAGCCCGACAGAUGGAGCGCAAGACGGGAUCCGACAAAAAUUACGACAGCUUGGAGCUCUAUCAGGAAUCCAUCCGCCUUCUCGCGCCAGGCAUGCAGGCCAAAGACUCCAACAUGCUGGUGACGGCGUGCAUACUGGCCGUCAUGGAGCUAAUGUCGGGCAGUCCAAGGAACUGGCGGCGCCACAUUGAGGGAUGCGCGACGCUGUUUGACCUCUUCCAGGUCAACGGAUUUUCCGGCGGCGUCUUGCAGGCGGUAUUCUGGUGCUAUGCGCGGAUGGAGGUCUGCGGCGCGAUUAUUUCUGGCGGCGCGGAGAGCACUGUGCUCGCGCUGCGAAACUGGGCGCCGCCACUCCCUGGACACGCUACCACGAAUGCCGAUGCGGAUGUUUUUGUGCGCAACGCAUUUUAUCAGAGCAGCUUGGAGAAUGGCGACAUGCACGCCAACUGGGCCGUGUAUCUCUGCGCCAAAGCCUGCGACUUGCUGUACAGGCACACACGGGCAACAGAGCUGCAAGAGCCGGACCAGCAGGACGUCCGGCCAUUCGCGAGCCAGUGGAAAGCUCUGUGGGAAGAGCUUCAGUUCUGGUUCAAGACUCGGGAGGACGUCUCGCUGCCAACCUUGGUAUCAGAAGAUAAUGGCCAAACAUUUCCCACUAUUCUCUUUGCGCAUUGGCCGGCAAUAUCGUCCAACCAAGUGUAUCAUGCUACAUGUCUCAUCAUGCUGGAUAUGCGCCCUCGGCAAGAAUUCUUGCCUUCGCCAGAGGGCUCAGCAGUGUGGCAUGCUCGGCGUGUGUGCGGCAUCUCCCUGACAAACCCGCAUCGGGCCAGCCUCAUCAAUGCCAUUCAGCCGCUGUAUCUAGCAGGCAGACUCCUUACACAUACCGCAGAGCAUAUUGCUGUAGGAAAACUGUUCAAGAUUAUUGAAGAGACGACGGGAUGGGGAGCGCUCUGGAGGUUGCGCGAUCUAGAAAUUGUUUGGGGAUAUAUGCCGGGGGAAAUAAUGGCUGCGAUGCUGUGA